AUGGAGAACACCGUCAGAUCUAUUUGCCAAAACCUAGUAAGCAACGAUCACAAUGUUAGAAGAAGGGCAAUAAAAAAUGUGCUCGAAUUGUUUAAAAAGACAAACACAAUUGACGAUUUAAGCCUCCAGAAGCUCUGCAAAGGCCUAUACUACUCGCUAUGGAUGACAGAUGACCCGAUUCAAAUCAAUAAAUUGUCAUUGGACAUAAUACAGCUGUACAAGUCGCUCAGGCCAAACGCGAGAGAUAGGAAAGCAGCGGAGAACGGCGAAGUGGACGAAAAAGAGGUGGAUAUCAGGCUCAGGUACAUUAAGUCACUGAUGGACACAGUCAGUAAGGAGUGGCCGCUCUUGGACAAAAACAGAGUCGACAAGGUGCUGUUGUUUACAAGGAUACUGGUCUCGGAGAUUCUAUACUAUAUGAAUCAACUGCGAUGGGAUUUAUCGGUUUUAAACAAGCUGAGUGAGCUGUACAUGGGAGUGUUUAGCACAGAUAACCUGGGCCUGUGGUUGCACUUCAUACAAGUGUAUUUGAACGAGCUGGUGAUGAACUAUAAUCACCUGGCGGAGGCCACGACCAACGGAGUCGGUAAGAAAAAUACCUCAAACAGCACAAUAAAUAAGGAGAAGAACAGCAAUAUAGACGGGCUUCAGCUGCUAUACGUGUUGAAGCCGUUUGUGAUGAUGUUUGUUAACAACAAGGAUAAGCUGCUGCUGACAACAAUAUAUAACUACGUGUUCAAGGAGCUGCACAAGUUGAACGAUAUCACGGACAUAACAGUUGUAGUGUGGCUGCUUAAUGCGUUAUUGAAUCCCAGAAGCACGCUCCAGGAAGAAGAGCCUAUCAAAGAUAGAAGCGAUGCCGUUGAAACAGCUGAUGACUGUGGUAGAGAUACCGGUGACGAUGCUCGUUUGCAUACUACUAAUUAUGAGGAAAAGGUAAAGGGCCUGAAUAAAAAGUACAUAAAAAGCACGCUGAAACAGUACGGGUCGAUCUUAAAGAACGAGUUGACGCCAAACGAAAGGUCGCACCUGGAACACAUGGUAUACUCACUGUUCCCAGCCAGAAAGGAAUCGGACCUGUGCUACGAGGAAGACGCCGAGGAAGAAGAGGACCUUGACCAGGAUUCAGACGCACAGAACUGCGGUGACGCGGACUUCAGCAGUGAAGAGGCAAACGGAGACUUUAUAAGCCUGGCCAGUUUUAGCAUGCGGAGGAUGACUAAGAGGAGGCUGAGGAACCUGUUUAUCCUGAAUAACACGCGGAGGUACUUGAUUCUCAUUAAGCCCACCGACGACGAAAGCGUUAAGUUCAUGAACAAGUUAAAGAAGCCCAAGGUCAGAAAUCAGCUUUUCUACUACUCGCUGAUAAGACUGAAGAGACUUAAGCUCCAGUACAGGUUCAAGCACGGCCACUUGAACAAGAUACACAACUUCAACAGGGAGCCCAAGUCGAAGUUCAACGUGAACCUGAAGCAGGCGCUGGAAAACAUCAGGAACGUCAAGCCGCUCAAGUCCUCGCUGGCAAAGAGAGCCAAGAGUGGCGAGAGCAGCACCCUGACGAGUAGCAGGAAGAAUAAGAAAAAGAAUGUCGUUUUUAAUCUUCAAAUCAAUCAGGUCACUGCCAUACCGUCUCGAAGGAAGAAGAUACAGCCGUUUUCACUACUUGUAAGUUUAAAUGGGCUUUCCAUUCAGUCGUCUCUUUGA